CGGGUCAGGAGCAGAGGGGCGGUUCUCCUGUGCUGCCUGCUGGCUACAUUAACGAGCAUUAGCCUGUGUGAAAGACGGAUUUGGCCACCUGGCGAAGUUGAGGUGUGUUUACACUAUUGAAGCUGUAAGAAUGCACAACUCAGGUGCUUGAUUCACCAGUGAAAUAAGGGACAGGUUUAAUAUUUCAGCCCAGUCACUCGUGACAAAUCAUAUAUGAAUGGUGAACUGCACCUCCCACUUCGGCGUUGCUUGGUUUAUAUUCCUGGCCUCAGCGUUGCUUUCUAAAUGUGGACUCCCUGCCAAGACCUGAGAGAGAGAGUCUGACUGCUGGAGGGUUUGUGUUUAGAGCUUAGAGGAUCUCGGGAAGACAACAGGUGGACAGUCCGCUGCCUGGUUGCUCGUGGUAACUCUCCGCCAUGCCUUUCCCCUUUGGCAAGUCCCACAAGUCGCCGGCAGACAUCGUCAAGAACCUUAAGGAUAGCAUGACAGUGCUUGAGAAGCAUGACAUCUCUGACAAAAAGGCAGAGAAGGCCACAGAGGAGGUGUCAAAGAGCCUGGUGGCCAUGAAGGAGAUCCUAUAUGGGACUAAUGAGAAAGAGCCCCAGACCGAAGCAGUGGCCCAGCUAGCCCAGGAGCUCUACAACAGUGGCCUACUUAGCACCCUGAUAGCAGACCUGCAGCUCAUCGACUUUGAGGGUAAAAAAGAUGUUGCUCAGAUCUUCAACAACAUUUUGAGGCGUCAAAUUGGCACUCGGACACCCACGGUGGAGUACCUCUGCACCCAGCAGAAUAUCCUCUUUAUGUUGCUUAAAGGGUAUGAGUCUCCAGAGAUUGCCCUAAACUGCGGUAUCAUGUUGAGGGAGUGCAUCAGACAUGAACCACUGGCUAAAAUCACACUGUGGUCAGAGCAGUUCUAUGACUUCUUCAGAUAUGUGGAGAUGUCCACGUUCGACAUUGCCUCAGACGCAUUUGCCACUUUCAAAGACCUCCUCACAAGACACAAGCUACUGAGUGCAGAGUUUCUGGAGCAACAUUAUGACAGAUUCUUUAGUGAAUAUGAGAAGUUGCUCCACUCAGAAAACUACGUGACUAAAAGGCAGUCCCUCAAGUUACUGGGGGAGUUGCUUCUUGACCGGCACAAUUUCACCAUAAUGACGAAAUAUAUCAGCAAGCCAGAGAAUCUCAAACUAAUGAUGAAUCUGCUACGGGACAAAAGCCGCAACAUCCAGUUUGAGGCUUUCCAUGUUUUUAAGGUGUUUGUGGCCAACCCCAACAAGACGCAGCCCAUCCUUGACAUCCUGCUGAAGAACCAGACCAAACUCAUUGAGUUUCUCAGCAAGUUCCAGAACGACAGAACAGAGGAUGAACAGUUCAAUGAUGAAAAGACUUACCUGGUCAAACAGAUCCGGGACCUCAAGAGGCCUGCCCCACAGGAGGCCUGAGGAAAGUGCAGACGUGGGGGGGAGGAGCCACCAGGACCAUGUCUGGAACACAUCCAGACAACAUCUGCUUAACGGAUCCAUCAGCAGCUGCUGUUCUGGUUUCUGUACAAAAAUCGAGGAAACAAAUGAAAAACCGACGAAAUACAAACGUACCCAUAUCAACUCAUCAGGAAGUCGCCAGCUCCUCUGCUCCUCAUAGAACAUUUGAUUUUUUUUUUUUUUUCUUUUUCAGUCUUUUUCCUUCAAAAGAAAUGAGAGAAAAUAAUAGAUGCUGCUGCUUUCUUGCACAUUGAGACAUGUUAAGUAUAUUAAAAUGACACAACAGUCCAUCAAACAUAGUGACAGAAUAUGUCUGUGCAUUUUAAGUAAGGCAGACUUCCUGAUAGACACCAAGGAUCAAAAAUAGACACAAGUUUACACGCGUAUAUGUAUUACAUUAAAAGAAAAACAUGCAUACACACUUACUGGAAGAAUAUCAGCUAAAACCUUGUGAUGGAAAUGGUACGAGCAAGUUGAACAUUGGUGUGUUUGUAGCAUGCCUUGAAAUGUGACAGAUCCAAGGCUGUACCCGGCGUCGACUCUGUGAUGGCCUGCCCAGUCUGGCUCCCAUGUUCAGUGCCACAGACUCGGAAAUGCACGUACAUCACAGCAACCGCUACAGUUCGCAUCUAUGCCUUCAUCCAAUAAAGCAACAGUGGUUCAUUUAACCGAUUUGUGGGGACAAGCUCUCAGAUGCCAUCACACAGAACCAUUUACCUCCUGUGCGCUUUGUUACGACACAGCACUUGAAGCACAUGAGGAAAGGAGGGAGGGAUGCAAGGUAUGAAUUUGGCAAAGCCUGAGAGUUGGGUCUCUUGAUUAUUUUCUGGAACAGGGUGAACAUGUACAUAUGCCUUUUUUUUUUUUUUUUUGCUUUGUAGAUUUUUGUUUAACCUUGACAUAUGAAUAUAUAUUAUAUAUAUAUUACCUGAAACAUCACGUUUUUGGUUAAUUGUAAUCAAAUUACUUUCUAAACCAUAAAAGAAACAACAAACAACUUAAAUGACAUUGUUUUUGCAUUUCAUUUUACUGCUGAAAUGGUUGCUGGUGGGUUUCUUUGUACAUAACUUAAAGGGCCAGCUCACAUUUAGCUAACCUAUAGGAUAUUAACAAUUUGUACAGCAGAGGAAUGUCAUGGUAUUAGCUCUGGAUCUGUUAAUCCUCUUUUUAUUCUCCAUCUACAUUUUGAGUAUCUCUCAGACGGCUGCAGGAUUGUGAGCAGUGCAGAAGGGGAGGGAGGGGAUUGAAAGAGUAUUAACUGAAAAAUUAAAGCUUGUGUGUUUGUGCACUUUGUGAUGCACUGAGCGAUCAACAUCACCUAACUGGAGUCGAGGACUGGGGAGCCCGCCCCCCUCCUCAAUUUCAUUAACUUGUUGGGGUUUUUUUUUUUUUGGGGUGUUUUCUCUCCCUCAUUCUCACCACUUGGCUGGUGGCCUGGAAGUGCUGUGUGGCCCCACAGUGAGUGUGCUUCAGGGGUGAGCUCAUCAGGACAUAGACAACUUGCCACAUCAUUUUACUUUCCCCCCUCUCUUCAUGUUUGAGCCGUUCUCUUCGGAGGGUUGAUAAUUCCAGUACAAUUAUGAGUGUAAAGCAUUGUGGGUAGCAGAGUACUUAGGGCAUGUCGGAUAGUCCUCACGGUGCUGAGCAAAACUGAUGAAACCACAGAUUUGUUACUUUACAGUGACUGACACGGUCCCUGCAAUUGGACAUAUUUAUACAUUCAAACAGGCUAAUAAAAACCAUCUCAGUGCAGACAUCAGCUCUACUCAGAUAGCCCACAGUUCCUCCAUGCGCACUGAACAUGCAUGUUCCUCCACUGGCUGUGCAUGAUGCUGUACUAAAGAUGUUGUACUGGAAUUGUUUCUUUUUUCCAAAUAUUUAACAACAUUGAAAUGUCAAACUGAACUCUUGGCUAUGUGGCUGUAUGCUGACUUUGACUCCAGUUUCAGCAUAGAGUGUGUGGGUGCUUUCAGAAGUGUCAAAGGCCUGGGCCCUGCAAUCAAAAUAAAGAAAAAA